CAGAGAGCGCGCUGCGAGGCAGCAAGGAGGCAAGGCAAGCGGAUCGCUUUCUUUGUGACAGCUUUUCUGCCUGGAAGGCUGCUUACAAGCCGGGGAGCUGGAUUGGACUGUGGUGUUUCGUGGAGGAGCAGGGGGGAGAAGUCUGGGGCGAGCUGGACAGAUGGAGGACGGCACCCAGAACUUGGAGGACUGCGUGGUUGACAUGAAGGAGCUAAGCGCCAACCCUAAAGGACUGAGUGCUGUUGGUGUGAUUCUAACACCAAAGAUGCGUCAAGUGGAGUUCAGCCUCGCCUGUAAUGAUCUGGUGGCCUCGGGCGCAGACAGGAAGCCCAGUGCUUUGGUCCAGGUGGCUGUCAUAGAUCCCCACAAGCAGCACCUUGUGUCUCAUACCAGCACGGAGAUAGUGGAGGCGAACAAAGACCCGCUAUUUCUGACAGGGGUGACGUUCCCUUCAGAGUAUCCGGCAAGCCCAGAGACGCUAGUCAAGCUAACUGUAUACGAUGUAAAGGACAGGGGCCAGGAGUCUAACAGCUUCCUGGGUAGCGCCACGUUUUCGAUAGGGGAUCUUCUGAGGGCUAAAGAUGAGCAACUGACCUUAAGUCUCAGGUCAUCUGAUGGUGUGUGUUCAGCGGGAAGGGUGGUGGUGAGUCGUCUGAAGAUGGGGGAGAUGGAGGAGGUUGAAGUGGACCACGUCGCCACCAACACACCCUUACAGAAGUGUCCCUUAGUUUGCGAGUCUGCACACCAUUCCUGCAUUGACAGAGAAGAUAAUCUACUGACUGGGCCAGUGUUCAGGAACCCAGUAUGCAAGGUGUACAGAUUUCAGACAAUAGACAGCAAAUGGAUGCUUGUGCGGGAACAAAUGGAAGAGUGCACUUUGUCAUUCAGCAUCCCCAAACAGCUGCUCUCGCUCUACAUCCAGGAGGACAUGAGAAGGGUGCAGGAUCUGAGGGAGUUAGGGGAACUCUCUCCUCACUGGGACAACUUAAGAAAGGAGGUGAUGGCUCAAUACGGAGGAAUAAUCAGCUCCUACCAGGAGACUUUGGCUGAACUGGACAAGAUUACUGGUUGUUCAUUCAAGCCAAGCUGCUGCAAAGCCCAGAAGUCUCUGGAGUUCAUCCCAAUAAACUUGCACACACAGAGGAUGAGGGUGACAUGCCCCAAAAAAACAGACGCCCUCUAUGACAUCAUCACGGUCGGUGCUCCAGCAGCUCACUUCCAGGGCUUCAAGUGUGGCGGCCUGCAGCGUCUCCUAAGCAGAUAUGAAGCAGAAAAGAAGAGCUUCAGCACUGCCUACCAGUGCAUCUACUAUUCCCCUGAACACACAGCCAAAGCUCAGGAGGUCCUCAGCCUCAUGAGUGUCCUCCAGCCCUUCAUCACAAGCUUAGCUGACCAGCUCCUUCAGGCUGCCCAAGAGCACUCCUCCUCUGGAUUAAGAGAUGCUCUCAAAAGCCUUUCUGAAAAGACAGAACAAUUUGUUCACACACUUAAGGACGAAUUGGUCAAGAGUGCAUUGCUAGCGCUGCACGCCGCGCAGCCGGGAUACGUUUCUAAGAGCCAGAAGCACAACCCAGUGCAGGCCCAUCAUCCCGGCAACAUCAGCCAGGGCACUGAUCAGAACCAGAGCCCGGUCCAGGGAUUUCCAGGCCACAGCCCUGUGCAGAGGCUUCCAGGCCACAGUCCUCCAACUCCAGUCACAGAGAGCACAGUGGUGUGUAACAACGUGGAACCGUCGCAGCUCACGACGGGAGGGGAAGCAAGGCUUAUGUCAAUGAAAAAGCAAGACUCCAUACCGCACCAUAAAGAGUACGAUGAGGAGGAAUGGGACAGGUUGUGGGCAAAUGUGGCCAAAUGUCUCAACUGUGUGAUCGCCAUGGUGGAUAAACUCCAAGAAGAAGACAACAGCAAGCAUGAGCAGGUCCCUGUGCAGCAGCUCGCUGACGUCAUCACUUCGCACAAUCCUGGUGACUGGAGGGAGCAGUUGUGUCCUCUGGUGACCAGGUUGAAGGAGUGUGUGAUAGAGGUGGUGGAGAAGGCGAAGCGAGCCAUGACCUUUGUGCUCCUGCAGGAGGCAGCAUGCAGCAUACCACAAGGCUUCCUCCUCCAGCAGAGACGAGACAUAGUUUUCAGCCAGGCGCUAGCAGGCCUGGCCUGUGGGUUCGUAAUGAGGUUGUACGCAGGAAUGCGGGAUAAAGACUUCCUGACACAGCUCCACCUCGUUGGCCUGGUGGCCCAAUUUGAGAGCCUGCUCAGCACCUACAGUGAAGAGAUUGGGAUGCUUGAGGACAUGGAGGUUGGAAUCUCAGACCUGCAGAAAGUUGUGUUCAAGAUCACAGAGGCGAAGACCGACGACCUCAGUGAGCUCCAGCCUUUAGUGUGUGGCCAACGAGACCACCUCACUGUAGAAGUGCCAUUACCACAACUGGUUUUCCAGACCUUACCAGAGGAGAUCAAAGAGGGCAAGCUCCUGCGCGUGUUCCCGGUGCUGUUUAACGUGGGCAUCAAUGAACAACAAACUAUAGCAGAGAGGUUUGGAGACAUCUCUCUACAAGAAAGAAUAAACCAGAAGAACUUUGAGAUAUUAGAUGCCUAUUAUAAAUUAUUAAGUGAAAAGCUGCCAGUGGAAUGUCUACCAUGUUUUCAGACCCAGACUGACAUAAAGGAAUUACUUGAAACACUGGGGCAGAAUGUAGUCACAAAGAAGAGAAAGAAUGUGGAAAUAUUAUGGAUUUCUGGAUCUAUCUGCCGAAGGUUAAAUGGUAUCAGGUUCACCAGCUGUAAAAGUGCCAAAGACCGAACAUCCAUGUCUGUCACGUUAGAGCAGUGUGCUCUCCUGCGGGAUGAACAUCAUCUCAGCAAAGACUUCUUUGUUCGUGCGCUGGACUGUAUGCGGAGUCGGCUGACCCAGGGAGACUUUGGGCAUUGGGAGGACCCUGAGGCUGGCGCCAUGGCCGAGAACAAACCAGCGUCUCGACACUUUUAUCCCAUUGCAUUGCUGCUCGUUAGCUCCCACUUACUGGUUGUCUGGCUCAUUUUAAGUCUUGUUUUUCUGCUUGCAAAAUAUCAAUAAACUGCUGACAAUGCCAUCCCUAUUCACUCCUUUUUUCCUGUCUUCUCGUUAUUCUUUUAUGAACGAUGCUACAAUUGAUUAACUGAUAUUUUGUGGAAGGUUAAUUAGCACAAGGUCACAUCGGGAUCAAGUGUGUUCAUUCCCGAGCUGAACAGGAGAAUCAGGGAAAGUUUCUUUUAAUCAAGUGGUUUUAGGUCAAAAGAUAAGAAUAAAAAGUGCAUAGACCUUGUACCUAAACAUUAUAUAUGCCUGUGUUAAUAAUGAAAAAGCCUGGUACCAUUCUGUGUCUGUCUUAUCUCUAACACCAUAGAUACGUGAGGUCUCAGGUUAUCUUAGCCUCCGCAUAUCAGCCUGUUUUCACUCACUCUUAGUUAAAACAUGAGGAAUCUGUAUGUGAAACUGAAUAGUUACGUUCAUCAUGUAAACCAGAACAAUAGAAAUACAUGGAGAGGUGGAGAAAGCUACUUAGUGUUUUAUAUGAUCCAUUUCUUUCUCUUGCUUUUUUUAUUGGUGUUUUUUAUUUAAAAAUUCACCUACCAGAGUUAAACAACCCAUGAUCUAUUAGCAAUAGUUAAGGAGUGUAAAUGUUCAUUAGGAACCAAAACAAUGUGAAUCAAUGCAGAUUUUAAGUUAGAACAUAAUCUGUAUUUGCAGCAGAAAGGAAAAUGAAUGUUAGAUCUACAGCAAGACUCAAAAACAUUCCACUUGUACAGACGUAUAACAUGAUGACAGUAACUGAACAGAGAUGUCUGCAAAAACCAUUAAGUUAUAUAUAUAUAUUGGAUUUGUCAAUAGGAUCACCAUCAUAACCGAUCGCUUAAGUGGCAUGACGCAUUUGAGUCUUCCAUUGUGGGAAGCCUUUCUACGGACGAAACCCAAAGUAAUUUUAACUUUGUGAGUGUACAGAAAUGUUUUUUAAAAAAUGGCUAUAAAGACAUCCCCUUGCAUAAGUUCAUACAAGUAGACUUUUGAAUGUCGCACAAACUAAAAAUUAACACAAAAGGAGAAGAAUUCAUGGCCAGUUCUAGAGGCUAAAAGUUUUUCCCUUAGCGUGGUUAGCCAAAGUACUAGCCAUUUGGCUGCAAAAGCAUAUUCUGUUUUCAUUCAAAAAUGCUUUGAUUUAUAUUGUUUUGGUCGCUAAUGAAGGUUUAUAGUCCUGUGCGUCUGAUAAUAGACCCAGGGAUGUUGUUUCUUUUAUUUGUUGAUGUUAUUCAUUAUAAUUUGGCUGUUAAUAUACAUCCAUACGGGUAUUGUUUAAUGGGUAAUGGAACAAUUGGUGAUUCAGGAAGCUUUUAGAACGCUAAAAAAUUCAGAGCAGACGUAAUUUUCUCCGCGCUUCAAGCAUCUGUUUUAGAGGCAGGCGGUUGGUCUCUGUGGGUCAUUAUCCUCCUCUUCUUUGUUGAACUCUCGCAUCAUAACAACGUGCUGCCCCGGCUGUCUUUGCGGCGGUGCCGCCUUCACAUUCUUACUGUGACAGAGAAAAUUUGAUGAACUUCAGGAUGGAAAAACAACACAAAGUGAAACAUUACAAACAUUAUUCACAAAAGCACAGUGAUCAUACCACCGCACAUAAUGUGCUGCAAGUAAAUGAAACGCUGACAGAAUGCUAACCACAUAUACAACGAGUCCAUACUUUAACAUCACUGGCAAACAGGCAACAAAGACAAAGUGGACAUCUGGAAAUGUCUCUUUAUGUGUGAGUCAUACGUCAAAAUUUUUAAUACUCUUUUGGAAAAAGAAAAAAUAUAUUUUUUAAUUUGCUUUUAAAAAGCAAAUUUAUUGGCAGGAUGUUUUUUCCUGGAUUCAAUUCCAUUACUAUGUGGAAGCUGUUGAGCUUGACAUGUGCAUUAAACAUCAUGUUUGAGUUAAACUAAAAUGUAUACAUUUUUAAAUGUCUCUUAAAUGCUUAAGCAGCUAUUUUCAGUUUCACUUAAAGAUAAUCACAUGUUUUCCCGUCAAACAACUGACUCUCUAAAGUAAGUUUUGUUCCGUAAAAGUAACAGAAACAGAAAUCAAAACUGGUACACGGAAGUCAGACUCAAGUGUUUCCUCGCUAAAAGAGAAAAGAAAAAGAAAAUCAUACUUACCGCAAUUUCCUGUUGAAAUUGUGUCACAGACGCGCUCGUUCGUGAUCGUUUUUCUUGCACCAUAACAAUGCAUUCAACAAGUUAAAUGGAAAAAUAAGAAGUGCUCUGCUCGUGCAUUUCUUCACGUCUGUGCUUUUGACCUCCAAACCACCCUGCUGCCCUACUUCACUACAUCAUUCUCUGAAACGUGUUUUUACAGUUUGUUUUUAGCGAAGUGAAACCUGUAUUCCCCUUUCCUUUCAUAUUGCUUACCACAGCAGAAAAUUGAAGUUUGCUGAUUGAUUUGUUGGAUGCCUGAUAACAUUCAUCUCUGCUCACAUUAUGAAACAAUAUGAAGAAAAUGUGCUGCAGAUGCUUGCUCAUCAGGUGUAUAAUUUACUGUGGGUUUUAUGUCAGAUUUACUUAGAGCCUUCUUACUUUACAUUUUAUUAUCAGGAGCGAUGAAUUAUACAUUGGCAUUAUUAUUAUUCACUAUGCAAAAACCUUACUUGUGUCAGUAUUAUUGGUAGUGGAUUUCUUUUUUUUCUCCAAACAAUUGCAUUUCAAUUAUCCAAAUUAAUAAAAAAACUGUUUUGUUUUCUGAUUGACAGAGUUGUUCUUUAUACAGGCAAAACAGACUUUUAGGUGAUAAUGUUCUAAAGGCGUGUGCCCAUUAUUAUCAUUUCAAACCUUAUUUCAAAUCUCACUCAUUUUUACUUUUGUUUUUGUUUUUUGCUCUCCAUCUCUUUCUAUCCUCCCCUCAUUUCUCUCCUCC